CCAGAACCCGACAACAAAAGCAAAUUCCCAUACUCAUACAUAAACUUUAACUUCACGCCUCGUACGUAAACACUUCAUUAUCGACAAGCAUACCUAGCACGAGACAGGCCGAACAAAGAACCAUUGUACUCCCCCUCCCAAGCUCCAAAUUCUAUUAAAAAAAUACUUUCUACUUCAUAGCGCAAAAUGUCUCAGACGACAUCAACACCCCGCAAAUACCAAAACCGAGGUCAUCAACAACAACAACAACAACCACAUCAACAACAGCAACACCACCAGAAUAACCCGUCCUUCUCUCGCUCGCCGCACCCGCAUCCUCACUCUCACUCACACUCCUCUCAGCAACAUCCCCAGCUGCAGCACGGUCAUAACCACACCCGCAACCGAUCGCAGCAACUCCGCGCCCAAGCAGCAGAGCUCCAAUACAGCGGCGGCGGCGCCGCCGCCACAACAACAGCAGUAGCCUCGGACUACGAAUCCGACACAGCGCACUACAUGGCAUCUCACCCGCCCCCGCCCCCGGCCGCCCUCGUCGGCCGCACCAACACGGAGCUGAACAUCAGCGUGCUGCGGCGGUACCGGCCCAGCAUCACAAGCAUCCUGUCGAUCGCCGCGCACGCCGUCGUCUACGUCUUCACCCCGCCGGCCAAGUGGGACAAGUCCAACAUGGAAGGCACGCUGUUCAUCUGCGCGCAGGACGCCGACGGCGAGGCCGCCGCCGCCGACGGCUGCCUCUUCGUCCUCAACCGCAAGGGCAUGCAGAACCUGAUCCUCGACCUCAACACCGUCAGCGACUUCGAGCUCGCCACCAGCCUGCUCAUCUUCAGGCUCGAUCAUAACCUCGGCGAAGGUCCCGCCGCCGCCGCCGCCGCCUCCCCUCAGAUCCCCAUGGAAAACGGCGAGUCCGUCCGCCCGAAAGUCCUCGGCAUGUGGAUCUACGCCGAGGACGAGCAGGACAGGCGCACUAACGCUGCGCUGAUUCACGAGAUGUGGUCCAAGGCGCGCUCCUCUUCCUCCUCCGCCCGGGAGGACAGGGGCGAUACUACCAGGAGGAACGACGACGACGAGGACGACGAGGCUAGUGUCCCGUCGAGCGAGUCGCCGGCCGGUGACGACGCCGGGGGCCAUCGUGUGCCCGCGACGCAAGGGCUCGGCCGCCAAGUAAGUCUUAAUGAGCUCUUCGGUAGGAAUCACAACGGGAUCGGAGGGGCUUGAAAGAAGGAAAGACGGACAGGGGGGAAUAAUCACCUAAGGUACCUCCUUAGCUACGCUAGAAAUCGAUUUCAAAACUGGGGGAUUGAAAAGAAUAAAGCAUUCAAGGUCAAACCCCCGCUACAAACAGAACAGAGUUACGACAGGCAGGCAGCUUGGGAAAUAGGAGUUCUCGUUCGGCGUUUUCGAGAGAAAGAGAGAGAUACCCGGGAUAGGCGUUUUUUAUCUGGGGAUAGAAGAAGAAACAGAAAAUGGAUUUUAUCUCGAACUUAUCAAGUCGGGGCCGGUAGGGUGUCAUGAUCGUAUGUGUGUACCUACCUAACGUAAUGUUUUCGUUGUAUUUUUCAAA